AUGCUCUCAUUUUCUUUCAAUCCUUACACUUGGGACGCCACAAAGGAGCGAGUUGGCUCUGAUGUUGUAACCCUGCUCUUGAAAAACAACGAUAGCGAGCUUAUUAAAGUAUCAAAUCUCACGGAAGACAUUGUUAUCGUCACGCCUUUAAAACUUCAGAAAAUCUCUGCUUCAGAAAAGUCAUGGUAUUUCACAAAGAACGAUGAUCUACGUUUCCACGAGAUAAACGUCAAGUAUGAAAACACCCUGCUGAUGCUGGAAAUCAAACCUCAAGAUCCAACCGUACAUCUGUUUGUCUAUAUGCGUUUUAGUCAGCGACCGACAACUCAAAACUACGACUUCAAUGCUACUAUCUCUUAUGACAAAAAGUGUGUCUGGAUGAUAAGUGCUCAGAACAAAAGUGAAGGGCAAACAGUUUGCUCCUUGAAUCCACAUACACCGAUACAAGUUCUGGCUGAGCGUCCCGGGAAGUACUUUCUCGGCUUAAAAAAUUACAAUGCCACAGUGAACUUAUCUCAUAAAAGGGAGAAAAGAUCUUGUCUUGGUGGAAGGCGAAGGAAGCGCUCCUGCGUCGAAGUCAAAGAUCCACCACCCACCCCACCCCAGAGUGAAAAUGUCCCUGUGAUGCCAGUUUAUGAUUCCACAACAGACCAGAACUACACUCUGAAGGUGACCUUGGGUAGUUGUGUUUACUGGUCAGAAAAUUUUGACAAGUGGAUAUCAUCUGGCUGUCGGGUUUUAGCAGAAUUAAAUGGAUUUUUAAACUGUAGCUGUAGCCAUUUGACAUCAUUUGGGGGAAGUCUCUUAGUCGAACCGAAUCCUAUUGACUUCGACAAGGUUCUAGUCGAGUUUCAGCAGUUAUCAGAAACUGGAAAUAUUGCAGUAAUCGUGGCUAUUGCGGUGGUUUUAUUGUGUUAUAUGACUGUGCUUGUUGUCGUAAGGAAAUUCGACAAGGAAGACGCGAAAAAUAGGGAAUUACCGAUCCAACUUCCAUCAUCUUCAAGCAGCACCUAUGAAUACGUUAUAGUGAUUACCACAGGGGCUUGGAAAAACUCCAGCACGACUGCUCAUGUUGCUUUGGAGAUCUACGGUUCUGAAGGAAAGAGUGGUAUUCUUCAGCUUAGCCAAGAAGAGCCUGGUGCAGUUCAAACGUUAUUCUCUCGAGGUAAUUCAGAUGUUUUUGUACUUUAUGUUAACAAAUCACUUGGUUCGAUUCAAGAAUUACAGAUUGGACAUGAUAAUUUUGGAGAUAAUCCCUCGUGGUACCUGGAGGAAAUUGUCAUUCGGGACGUACAAUCCAAGCAGUCGUGGAAAUUCAUGGCCAAUCAGUGGUUUGCUCUUGAGCGCGGAGACGGGCGCAUCGAGCGAAUAAUCGACAAGAACUCAAAUCAUCUGGAUUUUGGCGAUGAAGUUGCAAGACGUUGGCGAAGAGGCCUCGCGGAGUGGCACAUUUGGAUUUCAGUGGCAGCCAAGCUAAGAAAAAGCCACUUUACAAGAGUGCAGCGGCUUUCUUGCUGCCUUUCAGUACUUUUGACAUCCAUGUUUGCUAACGCGAUGUUCUAUAAGUUAGAAGGCAAAUAUGAACAGCCUAUCCAAGUCGGACCGCUGAAAAUGUCGUGGAGACAAGUGGUGACUGGAAUUGAAAGCGCGCUCCUUGUGACGCCCAUAAACAUUGUCAUAGUGUUUCUGUUUCAGAAAGGAGCUGAAAAGUCUGCGAAGAACAAUGACCAUUGUCUCAAAGGUACCCUGAUCUGUGGUGUCGCUUGGUGUUUGUUAUGUUUUUCUUGUACUGUUUCGGCUGCGUUUUCAAUUUCCUACAGUCUAAUUUGGGAAAAGAGUGUCAGUGAGCAGUGGCUGUCUUCGAUGUUUAUUUCAUUCGCACAGGAUGUAACAAUCAAGGAACCAGUAAAAGUGUUCUUCACAGCUUUAACAUUCGCGGCCAUUUUAAAGAUAAAGGCGAAGAGAUCAAAAGUACACGCCUGCGAAGGCCCUCAGCAAGUUAAAACUGGGUACUAUAAGAAACAUUUUUGGGCACUGAAAUUAUCAGAGGUGGAAGAGAUGAGGAGACGACAAGUUAAGAAACAGAACCUGGCACGUUAUUUCACAGAGUUGGGUUUAUACUUGGUCUUCGCUUUCUUGCUUAUGGCAGUGUGUUAUGGAAACCGAAAUGACCAUCGUUACUUCAUGACGAAAUCAAUCCGAGAUGGACUACCAAACUUUGACAAGGUGACAAACAAUACAAUGUACUGGAACUGGUUACAGCGUGUUUUCAUCCCGGGAGUGUUUUCUGGCAGAUGGUAUAACGGUCGAAACGAAGAGCAAACAAUCUAUAUUGGUAAUAAACACUCUCUUCUUGUCGGAAUGGCUCGAGUACGGCAACUUAGAGUGAAAGCCACUCAAUGCAAAGUCCUAAAUUAUAUGGAAACAUCAUUCCAAGAAUGUUUCAAGGGAUACUCUACAGAGAACGAAGACAAGACCGCCUACAGCAAACCUGGCUGGAGGCCUGUCGACAAUGCUUUGAGGAAUGACGAGUUAUUACUACUUUGCCCGCAGCCAUGGCGAUAUCAACAUGCCAAGAAAACCGACACUACACCCAGGUGGGGACAGUUCUCCUUUUAUGAUGGAGGAGGAUUUGUAGCAGACCUUGGGUAUGAUAACCAUACGGGAUUCAGCAUAAUAACAAGUUUACAGAACAACGGUUGGCUUGACAGAAAAACGAGAGUUGUCCUGGCAGAGUUUUCGACAUUCAAUCCGUCGGUGAAUAUUUUAGGUGUUGCCACAUACUUCUAUGAAGUUGAUGCAUCUGGACUGAUAGCAGCCUCCAUGCAAACUCGUGUUCUUUCACUUGAUUCUACGGGAACACCCUCGCAUCAGUUUUAUUUUAUUUGCUUGUUUCUGUACAUUGUAUUUGUUUUACUGUAUUUUGUUAGAGAAAUUUUCAGGCUUUACAAUCAUCGUUUUCGAUAUUUCAAGCUCAUGUGGAAUUGGAUCGAGAUAUUCCAAAUUGUCUUCUCUUUAAUUGCCGUGGUGAUGUACAUAAUACGACAAAGUAAAGUCAUGUCAACCAUGGGCAAACUGCAUAGAAACAUUUACGAAAAUCUAAGUUUCCAAGAAGCUAUCACUUGCCAAGAAGUGGAAAAUGUCGUAAUUGGAAUUCUUAUUUUCAUCGUCACCAUCAAGCUAUUGCGGAUCAUUCGCUUCAACAACUAUGUUGUUCUAUUCUCCAAAACAUUGAAGAUAUCUGCACGAUAUUUGUCAUCCUUUAGCAUCGUUUUAUCCAUUUUCUUUGUGGCAUUUUUGCACUUCGGUGUCUUGAUGUUUGGCUCUGUAACUGAGCGCUACUCUUCGAUUCUGAAAGGAGCUUAUUUCCAACUCGAGCUAACUCUUGGUCGAGUGAAAGCUAGACCAAUCAAUGAAUUGGCACAGGCUAACACCAUAUACGCCAAAAUAUUCGCCUUCUUAAUUCUCUUCACUCUGACCAUUCUCUGUAUGAACUUCUUUAUCGGCAUAAUCAACGAUGCUCUUUUGGAUGCUAAGAACAACGUGAGCGAAAGUGAACUGUAUGAACUUAUCGAUGAGAACCGUUGCUCGAGCUCAAAAGAAAGAACAAAAUUUUUCGAUGCAAUCAGUAAUACAUUGAAACAGUCGAGAACCUCCAAAACGUUGGCAGAAGUGAAGGACAAAGAAUUAGGAAACGUUGGCCUUGACCCCAAGAACAGUUCCAAUCUCAACUUUGAUUUAACAAGUCAAACUAUCGUAGCUUGGGGGAAGAAAAGAUCUAGAGAAACAAUAGAUAAACAGCAAUGCAGUACAGGGAGACAAGCAUUGUUCGACAAGAUAAGCAACAUGUUAAAAUCUCUGAAAAGUAAAAGCAAUGACGACUGCAGCAAACGUAGAGAAAAAAAGAAAGUAAGAUUUCUAGAGGAUGUCGUCGAAUCUUCCCUCCGUAAAUUACGUAAGAGAGAACAUGACCUGUUACAGCGGCUGGAGAGUAUUGUUUCAGGGCACAUAGCAGAAGACGAAGAAUUUGAUUAUUUAUUAUUAACAAGAGAGGCUCAUAUCUACUAG